AUGACUUCAAUUGCUUCCUCAGAAACAGGGCCCUUGACUGUCGAGCCGCUGUCAGAGCGCAACGUCUCGAGAAUACCGCUUAUCCUCCCUCACGAGCGCGUAUUUCCCAUCCAGAUCGGCAGCGAGCUGUUCAAACUCUCGGGAGCUUCAUUGUCCUCUGACGCGCCAUCGUACUUCUCUCAGUAUUUUGUCUGUCAAUUGGAGUCAGCAAGGGAACGAAAGGACGAGUCCAGCUCUUCCCUGCGAACGCUCUAUAUCGAUCGCGAUCCCUCCAUCUUUCGCGACAUCUCGCUCCAUCUUCAGGGCUACCACGUCCAGCCCCGCGAUGGCGAGCACUUUGUGCGCCUCUUUUCAGAUGCGCAGUUCUACAGCUUGCCGAAGCUGAUCUCCCAGCUCUACGAGGAAAGUAUCUUCAUCUCGAUUGGACACCGCGAAUUCCAAAUCCCCCGAGAAAUCUUCAAAGAUCCCGGCAACUCUCCCAAUUACUUCUCGCUUGGCUUUGCGGCAUUCUUCUCCCGCCCCGACGAUCUCUUUCCCGGCCUUGAACGCGAGGGCUUGAUCCGCCCGCCGUCGAUUCUGCCUCCGUCAGUCCCGAAGCGUAGCGCUGAUACGUUCGCUGAGCUUCUACACUUCCUACGCGGCUAUCCCAUUCACAUCCGUAACGAGACGCACCGACAGGAGCUUCUCAGCGAUGCGCGCUACUUCCACUUCAAGGGUCUCGAGCAGCGGCUCAUUCCACACUCGCUAAGCUAUAAUCAAACGACAAGACGAGACGAGAUUGUUCUUCGUCUUGAGAACAUUCAGAAAAGCGGCAUCAGCGUUUUUGUUAGUAAUACGGAUCCAUUGGCGGGCUUUGUGCAGUACACUCGACCAUACAUGGAGGAGAAACCUGCAGAGUUGGUGCUCGAGAUCGGCGGCGAGACGACGAAACUUCAUUUCUCAGGAGGCAAUGCAAAGGCCGAGUUCUUCAGAGACACCAAAGCCCGUGUCGCAAAACUCUUUGAACUUGUGUCGUCAAAGCUGAGCUCGUUUCAAACAAACCAGUCCCCGGCUCUUGGAAACGCCCUGCUGACAGAUGAUUAUGUCCGUGUAGCCCUCGAGCCUGAGUCUGCUAUUAUUCUGGACGGUAAGGACUACCUCGAAGAUUUCAUCAGGAACGAGUCUUCCGGAAGCGACUACCCGCGCAAACGGCGGCGCGUGGACGGAGACUCUGAAGAUGAGGAAUGGGUUGUGAAAACAGGACAGUGGAGGUUACGCAUUCAGCAUGCGCCAAAUGGGAGAGGCAUUGAGUGUAUUCUUGUUGCGACCAAAUUGGAUGCGAUGACCUCCCAGCAAGCGCGAAACAUGUCAAGGGGCUUCCUAGGAAGCUAA